UGGCUGCUUCCGUGUUAAGAUUUUGCGAGUGUUUAUUCACAUGAAAUAUCUUACGAAAUGGAAAAAGUCGGCGUAAAUCCAAAUUCGUGACGAUAGCAGUCAUUAAAUGAGGUGUACGUCCGUGUGCAUGGGUAUGCACCAUGCCAUUCUUUAGACGGAAAACAGAUAAGGCUAAACCUGAGCCACCUGCACCAUUGACAGUCCCCACGGCAACGCCAGGGGGCGCAACUGUGAAACGAACCCCGUCAAACCGCAGUGACCACAGUCCCCUCACACCCAACUCUCUAAAUGGAGAUAUCGGUGUGCCAGAAACGAUGCUUGAUGGAGGUGUCCUGGGGAAGAAGAGACCCAAGAGUCUACUGUUGCAGUCAGCAUCACAGCAAGACUCUCAGUCAGGUGGCAGUGUACAAGGUCCUGCAUCACCCAUGCGGACCUCGUCACGACUGUCAAAGACCCUGAGGGAGAUGCUGCACGAUCAAAAUGGCGUGGCCUGCUUCCUCUAUUACAUGAAGGCUCAGAAAGCCGGAAACAUCAUCCAGUUCUGGCUAGACGCCGAAAGCUUCCAUGCAUCGACUGUGAUGCGCGUGAGGACACAUUCUUUGAAUUCCGUCGCUUGUAACCAUGGCAACUCACAUGUCUCUACCAAAAAUAUUCAGACUGGCCCUCAAAGUGACUCUCAACGAGUGCAAGAUGUGGGGAGUAUAUCAGACCCGAGUGUAAAUAGUGGUGUGGAAGGUAGUGUAAAUAGUGCUGUGGAAAGUAGUUUAAAUAGUGCUGUGGAAAGUAGUGUCAGUAGUGUAGCAGGAUGUGAUGACCGAGUGGGAGGAUCCAGUGAUUGUAGAGGAGUGACCCCUGGGUCUGGCCGAGAUGGACUCAGUCAGGAAGACAGUGUAUUUAGUGCUAGUGACCCCUCUCAGAGACUCGGUGACCCAACGGUCAUCCCUGGGGGUGCUGGGACAGCCAAGACGGAGGACACAGGGGGUGGGGGUAAGGAGGCGGCCGUGGCAGGAGGGGCCAGAUCUCCAGAUCAAGUGGAAACAAGCAGGGCUAGUACAGGACUUUCAAAAGAAGACUUGAAGGAGAAGUUAAAAAAGAGUAUACAACAUGAUGCCGUCACAAUAUUCACCAAGUACAUAUCCCAAGAUGCAACACACCCUAUUGGUGUCACUGAACAGAUCCGCAAUGAAACGAUACGCCGUAUAUGUAAGGAAGAUGGUCACGUGGAUCCUGACUGCUUCGUAGACUGCCAGGAGUUUGUCUUUCACAAGAUGGGAAAGGAGAACUACUCUGGGUUUCUAGACAGCGAGUAUCACUGCAAGCACCAGGUGGAUGUCCUGACUAGUGGCAAGGUGUACCUUGCCGAUGUCCUCUACAAUGAGCUGGCCCUGUCCUAUUUCAUGGAGUUCCUGGACAAUGAAGAUGCGUGUCACCUGCUGCAGUUCUGGCUGGCGGCAGACAACUUCCAGCAACACCUGGCCAGCCAGGGCGCCGAGUAUAACGGUCUGCAGGCACAGGACGACGCCAUGGUGCUCUACGACAAGUAUUUCUCCCUACAAGCCACACAGCCAUUAGGUUUUGAUGAUAAGAUUCGCUUCAUGGUGGAAGGAAAUAUAUGCCGAGAAGGAGGCCCUCUCCCUGACUGCUUUGCCAAACCUAGAGAUGUAGUACUGAAUACAUUAGAGCAGUUCUACUUCCCGGGCUACCUCCAGAGUGACAUGUAUUACAAGUACCUGUCCGACCUAGUCAGCACAGUCCAGACAGCUCAAGACAUCCCGGUCAGACCAAAACACAGGAGAACAGAGAGUGACGCGUCGUCGGAGCACAGUGUAGGGAGUCAGAGCGUGGGGCCUGACAGCAUCAAGAACACGCUGCUAGCCAUGGACACCAGCCACGUGAAGAAGGCACUCACUCGCAUCGAGGAUGACAUGCGGAUUGACUCCAUGCUUCUCAAUCCAGAUGAAUUGUGGAAGCGGCCAGAAGCAGGUUUUGGUUCUAGUGCCAUGACCUUGGGAGCUGUGGAUGACCUUGGUCAGUUCAAGUCCAUGUUUGCUCCUGAGCCAGAUCAUGAGAAGAAGAAAGGGUCAAGAUUUUUCAAGAAGAAGAAAGAUAAGGAAAAGGAGCAGGAAGACAUGGCCUUGAGAGUUGCCCAGAUGAUUAUCAACGACGUGACUACGAUGACUCAAACAGGCGAUAUAUACGCUGGUAUCGUGUCAUCGUCGCCAAGACUGGCUCCUCGUAAGGUGCCAGACAGUGCAAUAGACACCAGCAAGGGAGGUAACUCCUAGCAGUAUUAACCAAUGUUGCAAUGAUGUGUCUGGUUACUCAAGUAUGCAUUGAUUAAGUGAUUGACAGAUGGAUUACUGAUAGAGUGAUUGACAUUGAUUACUGAUAGAUGGAUUGACAGAUGGGUUACUGAUAGAGGCAUUGACAGAUUGAUUACUGAUACAGAUAAUAGAAACAAUACCUAAAUCUUCCAUGCAGCACAUUAAACAUGUGAGAUGAAUGAUAUUUUUGUUAAAAUGUGAUAUUUGUUUGCUCUUGGCUAUAAUAUUGUUUUGUUGUGUAUAUCAUUAUCAUUCCAUGGUCCAGCACACUUCGGGAGGUUGGUUCUUGGCUAACCUGCUAAUUGGUUUGAUCAGUUCUUGCUAAAUGUUUCCAAAUGUGAAAUGAGUUGAAAGGAAAGCAUUCUUACCUCACCUGACUGAAAGACAAGUGAGUUAAAGUCAUGGCCUGCUUGUCUGGUAUCCAGUGGCAUUGAUAUUACAAUUCAAUUAUGCCUUUUAUUCUCUGAAUAUGCACUCUUGGCUCUGCAACCAUCAUCUCCUCAGCAAGCUCUGGACCAAUGAAGUUCAAAUUUCACACACCUGAAAUUGUUCAAGUUGUUUGAAUCCGAUUUUCAAUAUGGCUGCUGUUCCAUUACUCAGUCAUUUUCAUUUCAAAAUGUAAUAUAAUUUGGUACAUGUGUAGUUUUUUGUGGGGCUCAAAAUACAUGUUCCAGUUUUUUUGGCAAAAUUUAAAAUUUUGUCUUUGUUUUGAACAUUCUUUUAUUCUGUGUAAUUGCAUAUACAAUCUCAUUAAAAUCAGAUCUUAGUUUUCGCUACCACUAAACAAAGAUCUGAGGACAUUAUGGGUCACGUCAGAACGACCUUUCGCGAAUUUUGACCGACCAUUGAAAUGACUGACAA